UCCGAGUUGAUAAGAUUAGUCAAGCCAGGGAGGUUUUUGGCCUACUUCAGUGUGUUUUAGGCUUCGAAACCCUUUCAAUAUAAGUUCGGUGAUGGUUUUCUUGUGAAAUCGAUGCAAACAUGCGAAUUCUGUUAUCAGAGUUCCAGGAAAGUUGGCGAUGUGUGUUAUUAAUAAAUCGAUCUGAUAACGCAAUUCAGAGGAAAUGCCAUUCUUGUGGUGUUAAGUGAUUAAAAUAGCAAAUUUCGGGAAAAUACUUUGGCACAAAGUGAUAGUGAUAAUAUGAUCAACUUGGUCCUGAUCAUUCUCUUAAUGCUCUUUUACACUCCAUCAGCAAUCAAGAAUUUCUCGUGCUACUUCAGUGAGAACAUGAAUGGUUCCUGCUCAUUUGCUUGGGACACAAAAACUGAUUUCUCCGAGUGCCAAUUUGUGAUUGAUUUCGGUGGAAUUAGGGAGGAUGAGUCAUCGCUGCGUAUUGACUGCAGUGAAAUCACGAAACUCUGCAUAAUUGUUAUUGACUUGAAUAGUGAGAACUUCAAAGAUUACAUGGACUAUUUGAAUUUGUAUUUUAAGAUCUGCCCUAAUAAAGAACAAUUCAGUAAUUUGCGCCAUUUUCCAAUCAACUACACAGAAGUCGCAAAAGCUGUAACGCCCUUGUUCGCAGUUGAAAGCUUCACAGACACCAAAGUAGUUUUACAGAGAAGCAAUGAAGACAAUUUUGUUCUUGUUGAUUAUGUCGUCAGAGCGAACGUAUCAUCGAGAAUACCAUUGGAUCCAUUCAGGAAUAAGAUCUACUCUUUGAGAUACAAAAACUACACGAUAGGUCAUGAAGUAAAAGAUAGAAUUGAGAUUGAAAACUUGCCGUACAGUAAUCACGAGUACAACGUGGUGUUUCGUCAGAAAUUCGCCGAUGCGCCGGAUGAGGAGAAGUUUUGGUCUGAUCCCAGCUCUUGUGACCUCAGAACAGAUUCCUCCAUUCCGAGAGCCGUUCCGAUGGCGCAUCCUGGAGCCUUUUGUAACGAGACAAACUUGAUGAUUUUCUGGAUGGCAGUCGAUCCCAAAUUCGAAGGAGGACCCAAUUUUACUUACACAGUCACGCUUUGCGAUGAUAAACAGCAUCCUAAAGAUAGUCUCCAUAGAAACGUGUCUUGGAUCAACAUUGUUGAUGGAUUUUCGCAUUCGGUUUCCAGCUUAAGGGUUCCUCAAACAGACUUUGACCUUUGCUUGGGAAGUGAAAAUUCUGUUGGGAAAUCUUCCACCUUCACCAAGAUGACAAUCAGAAACACAACUAAAGAACCUUGUCGCUUUAUCAAGUGGAGAUACUCAGACUCCAUUUAUGAGAUAUUCUGGAGUUUCUCCCCAAAAGAGAAUAUCACAGGAUUUACUUUGUUUUACUGUGAAAAAGGAAUCAAUUGGAAGGACGAGAAGUGCAAAAGUCCCAUUGUAAAUUCAAUUGAAUUGAAUAAGAUGACUUAUCACUACACAUUUCCUAGCGAAGAAGACCUAAAUUUCGCUAUUUCUCCCAUGUACGAAAAUUACAGUCCAGGAAUGACUUGGGCAACAAAGAAUGAAGAGGGGAAGGACAGCAAUGAACUUCCAGACAUCGUUCUCUUAUCCACAGAACCCACAAGCACGACCACAUUGACAAUCUUCUGGGCUAUGCUGAAGAAGAACUCAGGGAAUUUCGCUACAAACAUUACUCUUAAAUGGUUGAGCGGGUUGAGCAUUGAUAAAAACUCAACAUUCAGAAUCUCAAUGGAAAACAGUGAAUUGAUCGAGAAGAAUAUCUUCAGUACGAAAAUUGAGCUUGAGGAUGCAAUUUGUCCAGAUAUUUCGAAACCAACGAUUCAUAUUGCAUAUGAGGAUGACUUCCUGGAGGGUGCUUGCUGCUCGGAAACUCCUAGAAUUGAUAUUUCGCAGAAAAACAUUAAUAUGACUUCAGCUGCUGUAAAAUUCUAUAAUAGUUCCGAAUCUUCUUAUCAAUGGAAGAUUAAACUGAAUGGAACAUUUAUUGAGAAAGAUGCUUGGAAAGAUAAAAAUUCUCUUGUUCUAAGCAAUCUUCAGGAAUACACUAAAUAUGAGCUCGAAGUUGAGUUUUACAUUUUGAGGAAUGAAAGGAAGAUCUGCCAAAUAAACAAAACUGAGACUUUCAGGACGAAGUCAGACCUUCCAAGUGUUGUAACAGUCAAAGAGAGAUAUGAAACUGAAGAUUUGUUCAACAUAGGACUAGACAUUACAUGCGAGGCGAAUCGUAUAAUUCAUGAUCACACAAUUUAUGAGAUGGAAGUGAAGAGAAAAAUCAACAACGCCGCAGAAAAUUCAACUUCUAAAAAAUCCGAGAAUUGCUCCUUUAAGAUAACUUAUGAGUGCGAUCUUGACGUUAUUGAAUACGAAUAUCGCAUCCGCGCAUUGAACAUUCGGGAUGAUUCGAGUGAAGCAGGACUUUGGAGUGAGAGAUCAAGCGUCAGAAUCACAGAAAAGUGUCAAAAUAGGAAAAAUCGCUUUUAUAUCAUCAUUGUCAUACUCUCUUCCUGUCUUAUUAUUGCUUCAGCUAUUUACAUGAUAUACACUAAAUACUUCCUGCGCUAUAAAGAAGCAGAGAAAUUGACGGUGGAUUUUCCUCGGGUACUGAAAGAGCCUCCUUCGCCCGAUAUAGAAGAAACAGACUUGAAGACUAAGCCAGUAGAUGAAAUUGCCGAAAGUAUUCCCUUGGUGGAAUUCCCAAAGAAACCUAAACAGAAGAGCCUCUCGGAAAUUCGGGAAUCCAUUUUGAUCAUGGAGAACAAAUUCAAAAAGCAGUUUUCCGUCUCAGAUGAUGACAAUAGCGAUGAUGAUGAUGAGUAUAUCUCUGACCACAUCCACGAAGAAGUGGUCAAUGCCCAGAUUCACAGGGAAAAUCACUCAGACACCUCACUGAAGAGCAUUCCGGAAAUAAUAAUAAGCGAUGCUUCGAGUCAGGAAAAUAUUCAUGCCACCAACAUCAGUUCGAUGUACUGCAAACUGACGGAUCUCCAGAAGAUUUCCCCAGAUAUUCCACCGUCAAUCCUUAGAGGCUACAUUGCUCGACAAGGAUUUCAGAAUUCUCCUGAAUUCCAGCGCUUUCUCAGAAGAUCUCCUCAGUAUAAGUAAAAUGAUUGUCUUAAUAAAGUAUAGAGAAUUGCUUCCUAAUUUCUCCUAUAAACAUUUACAUUGGGUGACCAAACUGACCAAACCUUUGUCACAAAAUAGUGGCAAAAACAAAUAUUUGAUAUUCCCGCCA